AGCAGGUCUCGCUUCGUUUGCACCAAGGGUAGCAUGAGUGACUCCAAGUCUAAUGUCGAGGAUGUUGGAGAAACAGCCCAGGAGCCCAGCAUACCUUCCACGUCUCCAGCACACAACGAAAGCAGAACGAAGCCGCCUCCAUACAGUCAAGGUACCACUGACAGGACUACCACCGAAGCAUCAGUUUCACCGAUGAAUACCGGUGUUCUCAAGUGGUACGCUCGUGGUGUGGUGGACAAUCAAAUUGGGAUAUUCUUACACCUCGUCUCAGUCCUCGUUCUCACACAUCUCUACGUCCCGACGGCGCGACCCUUCACGUCCCGAUUGCUCCUCCUUUCUCACUACAAUCCGGAUACACAACUCUAUGGAAUUAGUACUGAUGACUUCUACCUCGUCGGAUUCUAUGUGUUCUUCCUAAGUGGACUUCGUGUCUUUCUCAUGGAGCAUGUUCUCGCACCAGUGGGCAGACAGUUGGGGCUAUCAAAUGGAAGGGAUCUCAAGAGAUUCUCGGAGCAAGGAUGGUUGCUAUCCUACUUCUUCGUAUCCUGGAUCUUGGGCAUGUACAUCUACUGCACAUCGGAAUGCUUCCUCAACAUGAGGCAAAUGUUCACAGACUGGCCCACCAGGGAGCUCCCUGCGAUCACCAAAGCAUAUAUCCUGGGUCAGUGGGCUUUUUGGCAACAGCAGGUCAUUGCCAUUCAUCUUGAAGAACGUCGCAGAGACCACUGGCAAAUGUUAGCCCACCAUGUCAUAGCAAAUGCCCUGAUUUUUACUUCGUAUGUUCUGCACCUGACCCGGGUAGCAAAUUUGAUUCUCGUUCUGAUGGACGUGGUGGAUAUCGUUUUUUGCCUUGCAAAGUGCUUAAAAUAUCUCGGCUAUUCCACCCUAUGUAACAUCACGUUCGGUGUCUUCAUGAUCACAUGGUUCGUCGCACGUCACGUCUUUUACUUGAUGACCAUGUGGAGCAUUUGGAUCGAUAUGGCCGAAGUCAUACCCGUUGGCUGUUACCAUGGAUCCCAGAGGGAUCUGAAAGGCCCUACCCCUUUGCCUCAACAUGGUUGGAUGCACAUCCUGGACCCCUUUCUAAAUCCGGCUGGCACAAUCUGCUUUAGUAGAGCCAUACAGGGAUGGUUUCUGGGUUCACUAGGCUUUCUUCAAAUCCUUACUAUGGUUUGGUUCAUCAUGAUAAUCAAAGUAGCCAUUCGGGUGGUCAAGGGCGAUGGCGCUACAGAUAUCCGCAGUGUUCACGAGAGCGAGAAUGAGGAGGAGCAGGAGGAAGAGGGCUGGGUAACGGCGGUUGUAGAGGAGGGUGUCGAUGAGAUCGUGGGUGGAGGAGGAAGUUAUAGGGGAUGGAGAGGGGGUGAGAGGGCUGGACAUGGCGGUAUUUAG